UAGCCCACCCACCGUUUCUCAUCACCAGACUUCCUUCGUUAUAUAUACUCCUCUCCCUUCUAUCUCUCUCCACUCUUCAAAUUAACAAAACUAAAUUUUAUACUUACCUACAACAAUUCUAGUAUCUAAUAUCAUAUCCUAUCACUAAUAAUGACUAUGAUAACAAAAGAGCAAAAGAAUGAAACUGAGAAGAAAGCUGAUGAAGUAGCUAAGAAAGACGACAGUCUCCCUCCUGUCGUUUACAAACUCGACUUGCAUUGUGAAGGAUGCGUCAAGAAGAUUAAACGAUCCGCUCGUCAUUUUGCCGGUGUGGAAACUGUUAAAGCAGAUCUGUCUUCAAACAAAGUGACAGUUACCGGUAAAUUUGACGCUGUUAAACUACAAGAUAAACUGGCUGAAAAAACUAAAAAGAAAGUCGAAAUCAUCUCAGCGCCGCCAAAAAAAGACUCUGCCGCCGCAGAGAAACCGUCGGAGAAGAAACCUGAUGAUGAGAAAAAGCCUGAGGAGAAGAAAGCUGAGGAGAAGAAACCAGAAGAGAAAAAACCAGAAGAAAAUAAGCCUAAAGAGAGUACAGUGGUUUUGAAGAUCAAAUUACACUGUGACGGUUGCAUUACGAAAAUUAAAAGGAUAGUUAUGAAGUUUAAAGGGGUAGAAACUGUGAGCCUUGACGGAGACAAGGAUUUGGUAACAGUGAAAGGAACAAUGGAACCGAAGGAGUUGGUGGAGUAUCUUACAGAGAAGCUAAAGAGAAACGUUGAAAUGGUUCCACCGAAGAAAGAUGAAGAGAAGAAAGAGAAAGACGGUGGUGGAGAGAAGAAAGAGAAAGAGAAGAAAGAAGGUGGUGAUGGUGGUGGUGAGAAGAAAAUCGACGGUGGAGAUCAAGCGAAGGUGGAGGUUAAUAAAAUGGAGUAUCAGUACCCGAUGCAAUCUCCAAUGUAUUGGUACGAUGGACAUGUGGGGCAAAGUAGUAAUUAUGGUAUGGAUCAGUUUCAUCAACCUGGUUAUGGUCAUCAUGGUUAUGUGGAGCCCGGGUAUAUGAUGAAUCAAGGUGGUGGUGGCGGUGGCGGUUAUCCUAUGCAGCCACCUCAGGCUCCGUUUUACAUGAACCCUAAUCAUCCUCCACCGCAGAUGUUCAGUGAUGAGAAUCCCAAUGCUUGUUCUGUGAUGUGAGGAGGGUUGUUUAGAAGAUUGUUUUUGAUCUAGUGUAUACAUGCUUACACGGACGCAAUACGCAUGAUGUAAUUUGUAUAAAAAAAUUAAGUAUAUAUUAUUAAUCUGAGAGAAAUUUAUGAUAAA